AUGAUGAAGAGGAGAAUAUCGUUCUAUGUCAACCUGAUAUAUGGUCUGGCUUUCCCAACUCAAGAAUCAAACCUGAUGAUGAUUCUAAGAAGUUUCUCGAUCCAGUUAGGUCACAGUCACACUCUUGCUACGAUUUCUGGUGAUGACAUUGCCAUGGGACAAGCUUUGCUUGCGGAGGUGGAGGAGAAGUGCUAUCCUGGACUUCGUGUUGAAGAUACAGCAAAGUUGAUGUCUGAAGCUCUGAAGUCCUGUAAUGGUGGGAAUGGUUUACUGUCAUUAGCAACAAUAAUCGCAGGGGUUGAUGAAGAGGGCCGUAAGGUAUUUCUCUUAGAUGGUAAAGGCAAACUGCGUAGAGGAGUGAGAUAUGGUACUGGAUCUGGUUCCGCGAUAGCUAUGGUUAAUAUGGACAGGUAUCGUCGACUAGACACCUCGGUUAAGCGAGCCACAAAGAUUGCUAAACGUGCAAUUUGCAGGGCUGGGGAUGAAGCUAGAGAAAGCGGCGGCUUCGCCGAUGGUUACCACAUUAGACGUUAUGGCUGGGAGAAGGUUUUCGGUGACUUACCAAUUUUAGACAUGGUGAAAGCUCGAUGCAACAAAAUUGAUGACAGGCCUUCCCCAGAUCUUUAA